AAUCUGAAGUUGUUUUUCUGGCCGUCAUAUGGAAUCACUAAGAUAUCUUCACACUGCAUUCCUUUCAAGCUACGGAUUUAUUUUCACUCAGAUUAAUCAUCAUGGGCAGUUAAGAAAAGUAGGCUAGUUAUCUGCUGUGUGGAGGACUGAAGUUUAGUGAUACCCCUGGGGUGCCCUCCUCUAUUCCCGCUCAGGCAGUCCAACAAGUUUCCAGCACCAUGGCUGAAGAAGACUAUGGCAGCUUUGUGGACUGGAACCAGAUGGGUGAUCUGGCCAAGAGCAGCGGACCCACCAAGGUGGACUGCAAGGACUUGAAAGAGUUUAAACUGAUGGCUCGGCAGGGUUACUGGACCAAGAACCACAAACUGCGAGCGCAAGUCUACCAGCAGCUCAUCAAAUCUAUUCCCUGUCGUACAGUAACACCAGAUGCAGAAGUAUAUCGUGACAUUAUGGGAAAUGCAGCAACUAAGAAACCCUCCUCCAACAUCCCACUGCCGGACUUUGUGGAUGGAAGUCCUGUGCCGCACUACUGCCUGAAGGCAGAGGCAGUAGCCUCAGCCCAUCAGGUUAUCAACUGCCUGGCUGGACAGUUCCCAGACAUCUCCCACUGCCCAUCACUUCCGGCUGUUACUUCACUGCUCUUGCACUUCAGUGUAGAUGAAGCUCAGUGUUUUGAACAUGUCAGCCGCAUACUUGCCUGCAAUGAACCAGGCAAACGACUGCUGGACCAGACUUUCCUGGCUUAUGAGUCCAGCAGCAUGACUUUCGGUGAUCUGGCCAACAAGUACUGCACAGCUGCCCACAAACUGAUCGUGGCCACAGCCCAGGAUGUGUUGGAGGUCUAUUCAGACUGGCAGCGCUGGGUGCUCGGUGACCUGCCCUUUAGCCAUGUGGUCAGGGUGCUGGAUGUCUACCUAGUGGAGGGCUAUAAGAUUCUGUACCGUGUGGCUAUAGCCUUGCUCAAGUUCUAUCGCAAGCACAAGGCAGGAGCCCAGGGGGCGCAAGCGAACCAGCAGCAGCAGCAGCAGGAUUCAAGCAAAGUCAGGGCGGACAUUCAAACAUUUGUCAAAGGCAUUGCCUCCACCGUCACACCCGACAAAUUACUAGAGAAGGCCUUCUCCAUCCGUCUGUUCAGCCGCAAGGAGAUCACCCUGCUGCAGCUCACAAAUGAAAAGUCCCUGCAGCAGAAAGGAAUCACUGUCAAGCAGAAGCGGCGGAACGUGCAGCUGGCACUUAACCCGGACACCUUUUCCUCAGAGAUUGUCAGUGCCAAGGAGAUGCGGGACAUCUGGUCGUGGAUCCCUGAGCGUUUUGCCCUGUGCCAACCACAGCUCCUCUUCACCACUUCCAACCAUGGCUGCAGCUUGAACAGAUUCUACUCACAUUGUGAAGGCUACGAACCAACUCUGCUCCUCAUCCGGACCACAGAUAGCGAUGUAUGUGGAGCGUUCUUGUCCACAGAUUGGGAGGAGCGGAAGAGAGGAGGAAACAAAUUGAGCUUCUUUGGCACAGGGGAGUGCUUCGUCUUCAGGAUGAAGCCAGAAAUGGAGCGCUAUGAGUGGGUGGUGAUCCGCCACCCUGAGCUAGCCUCCUCCAUCAAGAACCAGGGCCAGGAGGACACAGCCCCCUCUGAGGGCCAAAACUCAGAUGGCAAUAGCCUGCAGCAGCCAGACAAACCUGCCGGAGAGCUGUCGCCCUUCCUCUCCGCCCGCCACUUUAACCUUAACUCUAAGAAUACUUCCAUGUUCAUGGCUGGAAACUUUGAUUCCAUCAUAGUGGGGGGAGGUGAAGGCAACGCUCUCUACAUUGACUCUGAGCUGAACCAUGGACGUACUGGCAAGUGUGCCACCUUUGACAACCCUCCCCUGUGUGCAGAGAGCUUCCAGGUUGCUCUGCUAGAAGUGUGGGGCUUCCAGGAUGCCAUGGCUUCAUAAUGCUGUACACACAAACAUAAAUGUUCAUCAAUACACUAUACAGACAUGGACACAUAUGUGCACUGAAAUGCACACAGAAUUUAACACUUAAACACAUCAAAGCAGAAAGUUAUGAUAUAAAAAGUCCAGCAAGGUUUUUGAGGUUGAAAACUCAGAUAUGCAAUCAGAACUAUAUCCGUCCUGCAAAUUCAUAUAUGAUUAAGAAGUAUUUUUUAUUUAUUAAUGCAGUUCAUCCAGAUUUCAGCAUACGAACAAAUUUGUGAUAUUUUUUGUUUUCUGUUUAUUUUUGUAUUUUACAGAUUUGUAUCAUGUUUUAUCACUAAUUAUGUUGUCUGCUAAUAUCAAGGACGUUUUCAGGAUAAACUAGACAUGUUCUGUAUCUAAAGGGUCUUUUAUGUCAGCUGUGAUGUGUACAUGUGCGUACUGAGCUGAAACUGUUCAAUUUCUGAAUGUAAAUUUGGUCUUCUAUGUCGUGUAGUUAAGCUCAAUCUGCCAAAUUCACAGUAAAAAAAGCUUUGCAGUCCUUAAAAAUUAUUAUUCUUUUCCAGGCCAUGUUGUAAACUAAGGUUUACUAUGAAAUAUGUGAAGUCAAGUGUUUUUUAAAUGUUGGAAUACAGAGAUUAAGAAGUAAUGGAGUUG